AUGCAGAAGGAGCAACCUGUGGCUUAUGCAUCAAGAGCCUUGAAUACAGCUGAGAGAAACUAUGCACAAAUCGAAAAAGAGAUGCUUGGAAUCGUGUAUGGACUACAGAAAUUCAACGAGUAUGUGUAUGGUAAAACAGUGUUAGUGGAAACAGACCACAAACCACUAGAGAGCCUGUUUAAAAAACCAUUGUCUAGUGCACCUCCACGACUUCAACGUAUGAUGUUGAAAGUUCAGCAACAUGACUUAGUGGUGAAAUACAAAGCUGGCAAGGAACUCUACAUUGCGGACACAUUGUCAAGAUCAACAGGAUCAGAUCCAGCUGAAGAGCAGGAGGAACAGUAUGAAGUUCAUGUUAUAGAGACUAUUCCUGUGAGUCAGGAAAAGGUGAUGUUAUUUCAGAGUGAAACCAAAAAAGACCCUGUUCUCAUGAAACUGAAGGACACAGUUCUACAGGGAUGGCCAACAAACCGGAAGGAUUUAGACAGUGAACUUACUCCAUACUGGAACUUUAGAGAUGAGAUAAGCAUUGUUGAUGGCUUAUUGUUAAAAGGAGAUCGUAUCAUUACACCAGAGCAACUUAGACCCCAGAUGUUGAAAAUUCUGCACAGCAGUCACCUGGGACAAGAGAAAUGUAUACAGCGAGCUAAAUCAACAUUGUUUGGGCCAGGAAUAAUCAUGCAGUUGAAGGACAUGAUAGAACAGUGCAAUAUUUGCAACCGCUACAGGAAUGCGCAGCAAAAGGAGCCAAUGAUACCACACGACAUCCCAAAUCGUCCUUGGCAGAAAGUUGCAGCAGACAUUAUGUUUUUUGGGAAUGCAAGAUACUUGAUAACCGUUGACUACUUCUCGAAGUUCAUAGAGAUCAACCGCUUACAAGAUGGGAAAGCCGCCACCGUUAUCGACAUUCUGAAGCAACACUUUGCUCGACUAGGAAUCCCUGAAGAGUUCAUUAGUGACAAUGGACCUGAAUUCGCAAACCAUGAAUUCAAAAACUUUUCGAAGGAAUAUGACUUCCGUCAUAUUACAUCUUCGCCGAGAUAUCCACAGAGCAACGGUAUGGCUGAAAGAGCUGUGCAGACCAUCAAAAAUCUGUUUAGGAAGGCACAGGAUGACCACAAGGAUCCGUAUAUUGCGCUCAUGGAGUUGAGGAAUUCAGAAAUACCAGGAGUGAAACUUUCACCAGCACAGCUUCUAUUUGGACGAACCACAAGGACGCUCGUACCAACCGUCAAAUCCAAAUUGCGACCAAUGGGAUUUAACUCAGAACUUGUUCGCGAGGAACUCCAGAACAUUAAAGAUGCACAAAAGUCUCUUUACGAUCGCAACUCAAAACCUCUUAAACCACUUGACAACGGAGAUGUGGUACGUGUUAGGAUUCCAGGACAGUCUAUCAAAACACCAGGAAGAAUCGUUAGACCUGCAGAAACACCGAGAUCGUAUUUCGUACAACAAGGGAAUACCACCGUGAGGAGGAACCGCAGAGACCUUAUCAAAACGAAAGAACUGAGCACAGAACAACCAGUAGAUACCGAAGAGUCUGUUAACGGUCACUGUGAUUCGUUUUGUGAUAACUCUAACCGUGUCAAUGGUCCGUCUAUCAAUUCUGGAGACGAAACAACUAGUGUUACCACAUCGAGUGGUCGGGUGAUCAAAGCACCUCGCAGGCUGGUGACGGAGUGUUAA